AUGGCUGAGGCCCACAAUCUUGAUGUCCCCGAGCAGCUGCUCGAGCGUAACAAAAACUGGGCAAAUGACAUCGGGGAGGCAUUCUUCAGGGAAAGCGUUCAGGGCCCUCAGGUUCCUAAGGUGCUCUGGAUAGGCUGCAUCGACUCGCGCGUCCCUGAGUCUGUUAUCACAGCCAGUAUGCCUGGCCAGAUCUUAACCCACAGGAACAUCGCAAACCAGUUUCAUUUGGACGAUAACAACGCGCUUUCCGUGCUUAGCCUUGCGAUUCAGCCCAUCGGAGUCUCACACAUAAUUGUAGUCGGGCAUACUUACUGCGGUGGGGUAAAUGCAUGCCACGCAGCCGCUCACGGAGGCGAAUCCAUAGAUCCCAACACGCCACUUGGACGCUGGCUGGCGCCGUUAACUGCGCUAGCGGAGGAGAGUGGACUCUCUAUCCCCGACCUAGUGAAGGAGAAUGUGUGUAUGCAAGUGCGGAAUGUGGAGAAGAGCGAGGCCGUCCGGGCCGCGAGGGCGGAGGGAAAAAAUCUGUGGAUACAUGGGUGGUUGUAUCAGUUGGAAGCUGGGUGCCUGCACGAAUUGAUUAAAUAUGGACCAAAGAAUAUGUUGUAA